CUCCUCUUCUCCACGAACUCUUCCCCCUUUUCCCCGUUCCCGUGCAAUCUAUCUCGUCCCAAGGCGCUCAAUGACAACGACGACGGGCAAACCCCCCUUGAAACAGGGAGAGUUCGUAGGGGCUUUGGACUGCGGCACAACGUCUAUCCGGUUCAUCGUCUUCAACAAACACGCGGACAUCAUUGCCCAGCACCAAGAGGAGUUUCCUCAAUAUUACCCUCAGCCUGGAUGGCAUGAACACGACGCAAAUGAAAUCCAGCAGACUUCGGAUCUAUGUAUUGAGGAGGCGGUGAAGAAGCUCGAAGAGACUGGGUGGUCCAAAGAUAGCAUCAAAGUUAUCGGUAUAACUAACCAACGAGAGACCGCCGUUGCAUGGAGCCGACGAACAGGCAAACCUCUCUGCAAAGCUAUUGUGUGGACGGACUCGCGUACGAAGGGAACUGUCGCGCACCACAUGAACAAGCUACAAACUGUCGGCAUUCAGACUUCCCCCGGUGUGUUCAGGAAGGGCCAAGACGGUGUUGACGCAUUGAGGGAGAUCACCGGAUUACCGCUCUCGACGUACUUUUCGGCCAUUAAGGUCAGAUGGAUGAUAGACCAUCUUCCGGAAGUGCAGAAAGCACAUGAAGAGGAUGAUUUGGCGUUCGGCACGGUCGAGUCUUGGGUGGCCUAUAACCUCCUCGGCGGACUGGAAAAGAACAUCCACAUCAGCGAAGUGACCAACGCCUCGCGAACUCUCCUUCUCAACACUUCUACUCUGAAAUGGGAACCCUCCCUCCUUGAGUUCUUUGGACUUCGCCCUUCAAUUUUACCCAGGCUUGUGUCCACUUCCGAAGUGUACGGAAAUGUUGCGUAUGGUCCGCUCAAGGGUGUGCCCAUUGGAGGGUUGGUGGGUGACCAGCAGGGUGCCUUGAUUGGGAACAAGUGUCUCACCCAGGGUGAGGCCAAGUGCACGUACGGAACGGGAGCGUUCUUGUUGUUCUGCACCGGCGAUUCCAUUGUGCAGAGCAACCAUGGCUUGUUGAGUACCGUUGCGUACCAGGCUGGGCCCGAGGCGAAGCCCGUUUACGCUUUAGAAGGAUCAAUCGCCGUCGCUGGAAGCGCCAUCAAGUGGCUGCGCGACUCAAUGUCGCUCGUCUCGUCUGCAAGCGAGGUCAACACCCUUGCUGCUCGAGAGCCAGAUACCGGAGGCGUGUACUUUGUUACAGCCUUCUCUGGUCUGCUGGCUCCUUAUUGGGACCCGGGUGCAGGUGGCAUGCUCAUUGGCAUCUCGCAAUACACAAACCCCUCGCACAUCGCGCGCGCCACGUUAGAAGCGAACGCGUUCCAGACCAGGGCUAUCAUCGAAAGUAUGAAACUCGACUCUGGCACUGAUCUGAAGAACAUGAAGGUCGAUGGAGGGAUGACGAACGGCGACCUUGCCAUGGAGGUUUUGGCUGAUAUCGGAGGAUUCACUGUCGUCAGACCUCAGAUGCGAGAGUCAACGGCUCUCGGUGCAGCUAUUUGCGCUGGUUCCGCCAUGAAGCUCUUCGGAUGGGAUCUGUCCAAACCCGAGACCCUGAAUGGUGUCAAUGACCGCGCUAAUACAGUUUUUGAACCCUGGUUGGACGAUGCUACUCGGGCUAAGAAGUGGCAUGGAUGGCAGCGGGCUGUUGAGCGAUCUAGAGGAUGGGACGAGGGUACAGAAGAGAAAUGA